UAGUGCCUUCCUACUCUUACUCCAGCCUAUGGGCUCUUGGGGAGCUCCCCUUCUUGACCAUCUGGCAAAUUCAGACCCAGCCCUGCUGACUGGCUUCCCCAGACCAGAAGCCUGCCUUGUUCCCCUCCCUUUAGUCCCUCCCUGCUCUUUGCCACCAUCUGUGUGACUCUUUGGAGACCUCAGCCAUCAUCACAGGCUGAUAUCCCUAGUCAUACAUUCAGAGAUCUAUUCACCAACAGAUCUAUCAGCUACAAACAAUGUUUUGUUUUUAGUAGAUUGAAGGGACAAAAGGAUGUUUAUGCAACUCUCUCUUCUGAGAGGAGUCCCGUAGGUCCAGGCUGAGAGAAUCCUCAGUACUCUGGAGCCAUCAGCCCACAAAAUAUGGAUUGAGAGCAAAAAGAAGUCUAACAGCUCCUAGCUUUUGUAUGGGUCACGGACUCUUUAAUAUUCCGGGGAAGCCCAUGGACCUCUUUUCAGAUUAAUUUUUUAAAAUGUGAAAUGGAAAGAAAUGCUCAAUUUGAGUUAGAGGUUAUUGAAAAUAGAUGUAAUCUUUUCCCAUUCAAGUUCAUUCACUUUCUGGAGUAUACAGGGCCCAGGUUAAGAAAACCCUGCCUCAGCCAGGGUUUUCUUUCCUUUCCUGUUUAGAAAAGGAGAAACUUGCAGUCAGAAAUUCCCAGUCUUGCAUUUCCCCCCAGUCCAAUGCUUUCUCUCAUUUAGAUAAAAAAUAUUGAAGUUAGAGAUUCAGAAAAUAAACUAGAAAAAGCAAAUGGAAAAGCAACAGUGGUGACUAUAGUUACAGGAAGUCAAGGGCAUCCGAGUUCAAAGGAUCACAGCUGGAUGCCACUGGACAGGGACACAAGGGACUCAGCAUGAGGUGCAUGAUCCUUUUGGGGUGUCUUAAGAAGGAUUUGAUUACCUUUGAACUGAGGCUUUAUCAGUUCUAGCCGUAAGCUUGAGCCCAGGGCUAAGUGGAGGUGCUUGUCUAGGACCCCGGUUUAAAUGCCUUUUACAAGUUCCCUUGGUGGUGUAAUGAGCGACCAGGCCCAGAGACCGUGUCCACAGCAGCAGCGAACCGGAUCCAGCCUGGCCCACUCCUACGGUCAACCAGAGUGCCCCGGAGUGGGCUGCAGCGAGCUCUCACCCUGCUCCUGUUCCUCCUUGGCUGAAGCCUCUUCUCCAUUGGCUGCUGCCCCGGUCUAUCUGCACAGCCCUGCCCGACCUACCAUUACACCACCCGGGAUAUGUAAAGGCUGAGGGUGUGCUGCCCGCGGGCCGCCGGGAGUGGGGCCAGAGGGAGACCUGCGUUCCCCUCCCCUCUGUUCUCUUCCCCGUCUUAGCUGACCGCUGGCUACUGCUGCUACCAACCAGAAGGCUGGAGGUUCUCCCACACACACAAUGCCAUGCUGGGGCCCUUCGGGGAGCUCAUGACCGAAGAAGACAUCAACCGUAUCGAACAACAAAUAGAAAACCUCCAGGUGAUGCAUAAGGCCCAGAAGCUGGAGGCGCAGCUGGAGCAGCUGGAGAUGGAGCUGCAGCAGCUGCUGCCAGUCUCCACUGCGCUGUCCAGCCACCGUUUCACGGUCAACCCCCGCCGCAUGCAGGGCCGGGCCGCUGACCUCCCCGCAUGGUGUAGCAGAAUCUCCACUCUGCUCAAGAGCAUGGCCAUACUGCUGGCCACUUUGGGGAGUCGACCGGCCCACCUGACAGAUCUGGUGACUGCUGAGACAGGGCAGCCCCUAGCCCCCGUGGCAGACUGGCAGGCAGGGUCCGUGGGCCUCGGACGCUCAUACUCCUUCAGCUGCAGCCGGGAGGAGGUGGCCCGUGAGAUCUUGGAGUGUGGCGUCUCAGUCAAGAAUCUCAAAGCCAACUAUGAGAUGCACAUGCAGAGCCAGGAGGCGGAGUACUGGUACCCACGCAAGCUCUCCUUGCCUGUGAGCGUCACCGUCUCUGAUGUCUUUAGCCGAGAGCCCAUCCUGGAGGAAGACUACGUGUCUGGAAGCAUGACUCAGCCAUGCCUGGGAGGGCGCUUGGUGGAUGGUUCUUCAGGGGCCAAUGGGUCUGAGCAUCUCCUACUGGAGCCAGCAGAGCUGUCAUCCCCUGAAGAUCCCUUAGCUAGCCUGUACCCCCCAGAGGAGCCCGGAGACGAGGUGACAAUUUUUGAGCCAGAACAGCUAGCACGAAGCCCACCCCUCUCAACCGAGCUUCGAGGCGUCCAGGACUAUAUCGACAUGCGGAAGGAGCGCAUCGUCUACCUCUUCCUGGAGCACUGGCGCAAGUGGACUUUCAGGGGCUCUGGGCGCCACACCCAGGCCCGCCUUCAAAGGUUGCUGCCCCGGGUGGUGGCAGCGGGGGCCCCAGAGCCUGAGCCCAAGCAGGUGCUGGAGAAGCCAGCCCAUCACAGCCUUGGUAAUGACCACCGGUUGCUGUAUUUCAUGAAGCAGCGGCACGUAGUAGGCAAAUUGCUGGAACACUGGCGGAGUCUAAUGCGCCACGUGCCCUCCCGGCAAUUGCGCCGCCUGAGCCGGGUGCAGGGUCUGUACUGGCCCGAGCACUUCCUGCCCCAUGUGGGUGGGGUGCCUGCCUGCUACGAUAGCCUCACCCUGGACCUCUUCAUGCUGGGCUAUUUCCAGCUGCUGGAGAUGCGCAUGAGCCGGGAGGAACGCAAGUUCCGCCACCUGCUGUGCUAUGAGAUGUUUGACCGGCUAGGCAGUCAUCCGUGGGAGCUCAUCCGCCUUUUCCACAAAGUUGUGCUGGAGGAGGUGGAGGCUGGGCGUCGGGACUGGCAGGAUGGCUUUGAGGACCUGAAGAGGGCAUUCUUUGGAGACAGCCCAGAGCCCCCUGCUGAGGAGCCUCUGUCCCAGCUGCAGGCACCAGCCCCUGUACCUCAACCUCCACCUCCCCCUCUACCACCACCACUGCCCCAGGCUGAGCCCACACUUAGCCCUGGGCCACCAGCCCCUCCACUGGCUCCAACAGAGCCCUUCAAUCGGGCUGACUCUUUACAGCUGGUAGCAGAGAUGGGAGAGUUUAGCAACGAGGACAUCUGUCGCUACAUCGACCGAAGCUUCUCAUUCUGGAAGGAGAAGGAAGCCGAGUUGUUCGACAUUUGAGCAGUAGCAGUGGAGAAAGAGAAAAAUCAAGUCGGCUGUCCAUUGGGAAUGGUGGAAUCCACCCUGGCAUCUACCUACAACUUCCAGCGCUAUAGAAAUGGGAACUGGAUGUGUGAGAGCGGGGCUAGGCCAUUUGCCCUGGAAUUCGAAGCCCAGCUUAGGCUAAUGCUGAAUAUAGUUGGGCCAUUCUGGCCAUAAUCGCGAGGGCCUUUAUGUUGAGGGACAGGCUGCUGCUGUGGUGUCUUUAGGAGGCUGGGACAGGGCAAGGCUGUAAAGCUGCCUCAAGUUCUCCUCUGAGCUUUGGCCAAGGUAGCUCCCCAGGGCAGUCAUGGGGCUUGGGAGUAGAUCCUCUCUAAUGGAUGAUUCUCUACAAAGCUAAGAGGAUGCUCUCUUUAGGACCUAGUCUCAUUGUCCACUCUGCAGCCCUGGAACCACUAAGGAAGCAGACCUGUCUAGCUCCUGCCAACUAGUUGGGACUCCACUAUGGUUUUGCAACUAGUUCCUGCCUUCUCCCCGAGAUUGGGAACUGGGGAAGUUCUAAGCCCCGACUUGGCCAGAGAGCCUGGGGCUGGGGGGAACUGAGUUGUGUGCAGUGUGAUGUGUGCAGAUUACCUCUCCCUUGUUACACAGAAUAAUAAAGA